AUGUUAUGGUUUCAAGGUUUCAACCAGAGGGACUAUACGAUUUCGCUCUGACUCCUGAGUAAAGUAUGAUUAUCGAUUACACUUCUUAAGACAUACAGCCAACAUGUGAUUUAUGGAGAGUUCCACGAAUGUGAGAUAAAGGUGUAUGUGUAACUUAUUAGAAAGGGAUUAUCACAGACUUCAAGCCAUCUAUUCACACUCAAAUCAGGAACCUUUACCUCACAAUCAAGAAAUAAUGGGUACUUAUAUAGGAGUUUGUCACUUAUACGUUUCCGGGAAAUCCGAAUAAUUCACAUUGUGCGAUUUAGCAGCUACAAUUAGUCUCACCAUCUAACAUUUACUUUCUUCUAAAAAAUACAUCAUUUCAUCCAACUCGGUUUUUAUUCCAUUUGUCUUUGCCUAUUGUAUCACCCCAAUUUUAUUGGUUCGUUAUACAACGGUCUUCACAGUUUUUUUACUCAAUUUUACUGCAUUUCAAAACACUAGAAAGCCCGUGAAAUGUCUACAGGUGUUCUUAAAUUCAUUAUCACUGCUAUCCUACUCGGUGUAAAUAUUAUCUCUUCUUUGAUCGCAUUUUAUGCUGGUAUUAAAGGUGUAAACAGAGAUAAAUUUUCGUCAUCAUGGGGUAUUGGAUUCUCUGUGUUAAACUAUUUCUCGAUUGGUCUGUUUAUGGGAAUUUCAAUUUUAAGUUUGUAUAGCAGUUCAGCGGUAAAGUUGCAUACAGUCCAAAAUGAAUUGUCUCAGCAUAGCGCCUUUAAACAUUAUCCUAUUUCAGAAGCACUUUUAUGCCUUGGAAUAUUUUUCUUAUUUAUCUGUGAAUGGUGUUCAAGAAAAAUCACAAAAAUUGUAUGCAGAUCAUCUGAGCAGAAAAGUUUAAAUAAUAACAAUUUUGAGUUCCUAAACUCUGUGGAAAGUGUUCCAUUGAAUGGUUCUGCUUAUCUGGAGGAUGAAAUCGAGUUGUUACCAGUGCAAGAAAUUUCUGACAAUAAUAGUAAUAGUAAUCAUCAUAAUAAUAAUUUUGAACGCAAUAAUACAAAAAUCAGACGAACAUCAGUGUGCCGAAAUAAAGUUGGAAAACAAGGUUUCAGCCUUGGGAAGUCAAUUUUACUCAGCUGUGCACUCAGUUUACAUUCAUUUCUUGAAGGAUUGAGUUUUGGUCUGUUGGACUCAUUCGAUCAGGUUGUUAGCAUGGCUGUUGGCAUGGCUAUGCAUCAGUUUUUAUGUGCAGCCACCUUGGGAUUUCGUCUUGCUCAAUCAAGUGUGACAAACACCAAGAGAUACAUCACAAUUGUCGUCCUGGUAUGUUACCUGUUGGUUUUCCCUUUCGGUGUUUCAUCCGGUAAAAAGUUGUACGAGUUGGCCUACACUACUACAUACGACGAUAAUCUCACAUCGACGCAUGCAAACACCACACUCACUUCGCCUUCAUCAUAUACUCAUGGAAAUUCUGGUCAACUGAUGAUUGGUUUAUUGCAGAAUUUCGCUGCUUCAUCCUUCCUAUAUGUGAUCUUGUUCGAUAUGUUGCCAGCUGUAUCCUCGUAUGGUGUGAAAACCUUCAGUACACCUUCAGUUGCGCCCGCUUCUUCUAUGCAUCAUCAUUGUAACUCUGUCAAAUAUGAGCCAAACAGAAUAAAGAGAAGAAGUGGUAUUCUCUGCUUUUGUUCUAUAUUCAUAGGAUUUAUGAUAGUCUCCGGUCUGAGAUUUCUUCACCAUAAAUGAGAUGGCUGGCACAUAUGCCUAUGCACAUCAUUACUCACAUGGAUGUGCGUUGUGUCUUUCAUACUCUUAAGCCGCGGGGGUAAUCACAGCUAAUAAUUUGCCAGUAACGCUUUUCUCUCCCUCUCUCUCUCUGUCUCCCACUCACUAGACAGAGUCACCUUCUCAGAGCAUUCAUAAAGAGAGUAUACAGAAACUUUGACAAAAAUUUAAUUCUGAGUCUCACUGCUUCUUCGUCGAUGCCUCUUUCAAAAUUUGUUAAGAAUUAAUUGGCUAGUGUUUGUUUACUUGUUUCUCCGUGUGUGUGUGUGUGUGCAUUUCACACAAUUCUUGUUUAUUUUGGUUUAAUCAAUAUUUUUUGAAUUACUUACUCAAGAAAACUAGAAAACAUUUUUUUUAGAGUUUUGUUUAUUUGUUUGUUCUUUUUUGGUUACUUUAAAAAAACAAACACUAAAGUACAUGUAAAUUUGGGUUUUGUG